AUGGGGGACAAUGAAGAUUCAUUUGCUUUGCUGCAGCGGAAAAAUGCUGCACUGCAGGAGCAGAGGAGAGCUGUUGCAAGCUCAGCAGCAGCGGCAGCAACGGAAGACACAGCAGCUUUCUCCCUGCUGUUAGACGCUGAGGUCCUAAAGCAGCCUUCGAAUCCGGCUGCACAGCAGCAGCAGCCAGGGGUACACCCGAAUGAAGAAUGCGGACUGCUGCAGCUAAAGCACACGGAACAGCAGCGUCCUUCGCGUUUGCUGCUGCAUUCCUGUAUCUUGCCUACAGCUAGGGCGAAGGUAGACGCUUCAGCGGAACCGCAACACGAGCAGCCCUUCCAGCAGCCAGAACAAGAACACCAGCACCAGCACGCAGACUCCUGGGAUCAAGAACCAUCUCCUUGGUAUCCAUUUAAUAACAGCAGCAUCAACAACGGUUGGCAGCAGCAGCAUCCGCGCGGCCCUCAGCAGGCGCUGCGGCUACUGCUGAGUUGCCUCGCAGCUUCCCCCGGCUUCCUUCUGCAGCAGCUUCUGCACCACUUGGUAUUCCUGGUGCAGUUGCUGAAGCUUGCUGUUGGACAAGCGGCAAAGCUGGAAAUAUGGAUCCUUGCUGCAGCAACAGGUAUUGCGACGGCUGCAGCUGCGGUAUACAUACAGCUAAGCUCGGAGGUCAUAGCUGACUUUCGCGGCGGUCUUUGCCGCGAUUCUGCCUUCAAAUCUCAGACGAUGUGCCUGGCUGGUGUGCCUAAGGGGUUUGCGGGGGAAAGCCCUUGGCACUCUUGGGCUUCCUUGUUCGGGGCUGAGGGUGUUGCAGCCGAUAUUGUGAACUUCUGCGGCUUUUUCACGGUCUCCGUCGCUACAGCUACUGCAGCAGCCGCGGCCGUGUGUGCGUUCGCCCCACAAGCGGCAGGAUCCGCGUACCUGCUCAGUCUGGUCUUUUGCUUGUUGGUUUUUCUGUCUGCUGUUUUGUCUCGUACUGAGCCUUCUGUCCCUGCUUCGCCCCUGGAGGGUCCUGAUCCCUUGGGUAUUGCAGACGCGAAGGUGUUUAUGAGCGGCCUUCGAGACAGUAGCUUUCUCUCUCCUCGUGUAUUGACGGUGAAGCUACUGACUCUGUCAUUGGCAGUGGGAAGCGGCCUUUCGCUGGGUAAGGAGGGGCCCAUGGUGCACAUCAGCUGUUGCUUGGGUUUUCUGCUGCUCUCCGCCGCGCGCCGCGCCGCCGUUGCCUUACCUGGGGUGUACAAGCACCUUAAACAACGCGCUGCAGCCUUCGCCGCCGCAGUUGCUCUCCGGCUGUCUGCCGCCAGCCAUCGCUCCGUGGCAGCGCCGUGUUUUCCCCCACCGGCCGCACAAGAAGCGGCUGAUGUUGCAGAGGCAGCAGCAACAGUAGGAGCAACUCCAAAGCUUCACCCGCUGUCUGUACACCACAGACGCCGUCUUCAAGGAACCGCCAUAAAAUCCCGGGACAACGAUGAACCCCUCAACGCCAUUCUGCUGGCAGCCUGCGCAGCCGGCGUCGGGUGCGCGUUUUCCGCACCGAUAGGGGGCGUUUUGUUUGCAUUUGAGGAGAUGGGAGGUGGCCUUGGCGGCAUUCAUCUUCCUGCUGAAAAAGAACCAGCAGGAGCAGCAGCAGCAAUGGCGUUGGCGGCGGUGUUGUUUAAGGUUAUACAUGAGAAUUUGUUCUCUCGCUGCAGCGCAGACGCCUCAGCGGACCCGUUGAACAUGUGCGUCCGUGCGAGCAGCAGUAACAGCAGCGGCAGCAACAACAACAGCAGUGGCAUUCAGGGCCCCGCCCCCUCCGACGCGUACCGAGUUGACGGAGGCCUCGCCCUGGAACUUUGUUGCGUUUUGUUUUUCAAGACGAUUUUGACGGUCUUCUCCUUCGGCCUCAUGGUGCCAGCAGGCAUCUUCAUCCCAGCUCUGACAAUUGGGGCGUCUUACGGUCGUCUGAUGGGUUUGCUGAUGCUGCGCCUGCGAUCAGUGUUUACGUUGGCUGCUGCUGGGGGGCCUUCUGCUAGUCCCGGGGCGUAUGCAUUGGUGGGGGCUGUCUCGUUUCUUGGGGGCGUCACACAAACCAACAUUGCGCUGAUAGUCAUUCUAAUUGAAGUCACGAAAACGUCGGCGGCUCUUGCGCUGCCCUUUCUGCUCUCCCUUGCCAUUGCCAAACUCCUCAGCGCACAAACGCAACAGGGAGGGUUCUACGCCGCCCUCAUUCGGUUCAAGAAGCAGCCCUACUUCUUCCAUGAAACGCAGGUUUGUUUCGACGGGCUGACCGCUGCGGAAGCGAUGACGAGGGACCUUCAAGUUUUGUCCGUAGAGGAGACUCCAACAGUAGCAGGCCUCAAGGCCCUGGCAGAAAAGCGCCUCUGCGGCUAUAUGCAUGCGUGGCAGCUGCGGUCGCUGUUGCAGCAGCUGCUGCAGCUGGAGCAUCCUCUGGUCCAUGCCCACACGCUCGUCUCCUUUCAUGCCUUCCGCUCGUCGGCAGCCGCUGUUUCCGCACAGCAGCAUCAGCAGCACCAGCGGGAGAGGGCUGUAAGGUCGUCUGUCUGUCUACUUGUCCUUGACGAAGAUGGGACCUUACGGCAGUCUUUCCCGCUGCUGCAUUUGGCGGCAGACGGCCGUUUGCGAGUCGCAGCACCAUCGCCAGCAGCAGCCUCUGCAGCAUCUGCACAGUUGGAAAGAGGACACUCUGAAGGAAACAAAUCAUUUUCUGAGGGUUCUUCAGGUGCAGUGGAGAUGCAGAGGCUGACGUGUGUCUCGCAUCCAAAGGAGCUCGCCACAACAGCGACAGAAACAGAUGCAGGAGAAGAUGCAGCAGUAGCGGCAGCAACAGGGCAAUGCACUGCUGCUGGCGUUCAGGUGUAUGUUGACCUAUCGCUGCUUGUGGAUGAGGAGGUGCUGCAACUGCCGCCCCACACUCCUCUGUUGCAAGUAUAUCGGCUAUUCGGCUUGCUGCAGUGCGAGGUCUGUUUGCUGUCUCGCUGCGGUGUCUUGGUGGGCCUCAUCGGCAAGAAGAGUUUCCUCACUACCAUGAGGACUCCACAACUAGAUGAGUGCUGCUAA